AUGUUUUUGGUUUUGUUGUGUUUGCUUGGAGUUGGGUAUGGUGAAGUACACCCACUCAAAAAAGAAGAGUAUUCCAAGUUUAUUGACAAAAACAAAUUUGUCCUUGUGAAGUACUUUGCCCCGUGGUGCGCACAUUGUAAAGCACUUGCCCCAAUUUUCGAGGAACUUUCGAACAUAACAGAUAACGUUGCUUUUGCUUCUGUGGAUUGCGACGACCAAAAAGAGGUUUGUCUUGGUGAGAAGAUACAAGGGUAUCCAACGAUCUUUCUGUUUAGAAAUGGAAAGAGAAAACCAUUUGAAGGCGAGCGUUCUCUGACAGGCAUUCAGUCUUUUCUAAAAGCCAACGUCGAGAGGCGCCUUCAAAAUGUCACCGAAAGUGAUGUUAUUCGAAUCAAAGAAGAACACAAAAACUGUGUGUUCAUCCGCUUUAACAAAGACCCCUUAAUUAAUGAAGUUGUUGAGAUAGUCACCGACAUGGUGGAGUUCUUAAAAUUUUACACCAUCUUCAAUGACGACACAACAAAGAAAGUUUCGUUCGAAGUAUACAACGUUGAGCGUAACACUAGUUACACCACCGAGUCUGUAAUGGUCGAGGAAGUCAGUAGAAAAGAGGUCCAACGUAUUGUCGACUUCAUCAAUUUAAGAACAUUCCCCAUCUUUCCUAUCAUUGACUUCCCACUCUUUGAAAGAGUUCAAGACUUACCAGUAUACUCUCUUUGGUUCUUUUAUAACUCCACGUUGACUCAAGACCAAAUUUCAAUGUUCAAGUCGUUAAAAGGAAAGUACGAAGAUAUCUUGUUCUUCGCUUUUAAUAACAAGAUUUCGGAACAACAGGUGAUCCAUAUGCACCACUCUGGGUCUCUAUUUCCAGUUAUUAGUUUGCUCCACCCUAAUAAGCGCAAUAUUUACGUUUUUGACGAAAAAAGAGAAAUCUCACUGACGUCAAUCUCUCACUUUCUUGACAACGUGUUGAACAACAAAACAAAACCAUUUUUGGCGGUCUCAAACUUAACUAAAGACGAUGAAGGAAAAAACCUGAGAAGAAUCACAGGAAACGAGUUCGAAGAUUUCAUCACACCAAAACGAAAGGUCCAUUUACUCAUUUUCUGCGCAAAGCGGUCGGAAAAUUGCCAGAGGUUCCUUAACAACGUGUUUGAGAAGAUUGCAAAUCUGACAAAAAAUUUCAAAUAUUUUGAGAUGGCUUGGAUCGACGCGUCAACCGAUGAUGUGGGACCAGAAUGGGACUUGGAAAGUAUUCCAAGAUUGUUCAUUUUUGACGGAACGAAAGACGAGAUAAAGAAAGUCAUGAUGAAGGAUUUGCCGAAUGAGCAAAACUUGAUGGAGUUUCUUGGGCAUUUUGUACCCGAACUUGAAAACAAAAACAAUGAUCUGGAAAAGGAGAAUGGAAAUGAUAUUAAGACAGAAUUGUGA